AUGAUAAACAUCACUGUCAGUGUUAUGCCAGUAUCCAGAGAAAGCAGCAUUGCAACUAACUUGCAAAAUAAUAAGUAUGAAACUGUUCAUGCAAUACAUUCUCUUAUAUUUCAGCUUGUGAUUAUUGGAAUGAGAAAUCACCCCUUGGACUUGGCAGUGCAGCUAACUGCCAGUGCAUGCUGUCUCAACUUAACAAGACAGGGCCUCGCAACUGGCAUGCCUGUUCGUCUGCUCUCUGAUGUGAUCCAUUUACUACUCAAGGCUGUGGAAAACUUUCCUGAACAGCAACAGCUGCAGAAGAACUGCCUCCUUUUAUUAUCAAGUGUCAGGAUCCUUCAAGAUGUUCCAUUUAACAGGUUUGAAGCUGCCAAACUUGUUAUGCAGUGGCUGUGUAACCAUGAAAAUCAAAAUAUGCAAAGAAUGGCAGUGAAUAUAAGUUCAAUUUUAGCCCUGAAGCUUUCAUCUGAGCAAACAGCCCAACUUAGUGCAGAACUUUACAUUGUUGUUGGGGAGCUUCUUGAAAUAGUUGAACAAAAAACAAAUCUGAACGAAGUGGAUACGACUUUCAUGUUUACGCUGAGUGCACUGUGGAAUCUGACUGAUGAAUCCCCUACCACGUGUCGGCAUUUCAUUGACAAUCAAGGGCUAGAACUCUUCAUGAGGGUUUUAGAGUUUUUUCCCUCUGAUUCCUCAAUACAACAUAAAGUUCUUGGCCUUCUGAACAACGUAGCAGAAGUGAGAGAGCUGCAUUCUAAGCUAAUGUGGAAGGACUUCAUAGACACCAUUGGUGAAUUGUUGUGCAGCACUGAGAUAGAAGUCAGCUAUUUUUCAGCUGGAAUUAUUGCUCAUUUAAUAUCUAGAGGGGAGCAGGCCUGGACACUAAGUCCAGCCCAGAGAAAAUCUCUUAUGGAACAGCUGCACUCAGCCAUUUUGAAGUGGCCGACUCCAAGAUGUAAGAUGGUGGCAUUGGUAGCCUACAGAUCCUUCAGUCCUUUUUAUCCAUUACUUGAUUGCUUCACGAUACCUGGUGUUCAGCUCUGGGCAGUAUGGGCAAUUCAACAUGUCUGCUGCAAAACACGUAUGUAUUGGACCAGUGCAGCUCAGCUUUGUAGAGUGGCAGGUCAGAUGCUUGUGACAUGGCUGCACUGUGAGCCACCAGCCCCCUCCAGUAGGGGAAGGGGGCAGGGAGAGAGGGAGGUGGCUGCCAGUGUGGAGUGCAGAGGAAAAGAGUUUACCUCUGGGUGUGGAAGGGAUCAGCAGUGUGGUGCAGGGCAGGUAAGGGGAUGCACCAGGCCAAUCUGCUUGCUGUUAUUCCCCCAUGCUGCAAGCCAGAUCCAGUCAUUUCAGGAGCCAGAUCCAGCCUCUGGGCCUUAGGUGUAGCACCACUAUAUUAGAUUGUAGAGCUUAACCUUUUUAUAUGAAAUUGGAUGGUUCUUAUGCUUGGU